AUGACAGGUGAGGAUAAGAAACCAUUAGUUGAUGCUUCAGGUAUUAGAGCUGAAGAAGAUAAAACUGCUACUGCAAUCUUAAGAAGAAAGAAAAAGGAUAAUGCAUUAAUUGUAGAUGAUGCAACUAAUGAUGAUAACUCUGUAGUUACUAUGUCUUCUAAUACCAUGGAAUUAUUACAAUUAUUCAGAGGUGAUACUGUUUUAGUUAAAGGUAAGAAGAGAAAAGAUACGGUUUUAAUUGUAUUAGCAGAUGAUGAUAUGGAAGAUGGUGUUGCCAGAAUCAAUAGAUGUGUUAGAAAUAAUUUAAGAGUCAGAUUAGGUGAUAUUAUUACUAUUCAUCCAUGUCCUGAUAUCAAAUAUGCCAAUAGAAUUAGUGUUUUACCAAUUGCUGAUACUGUUGAAGGUAUUACUGGAUCAUUAUUUGAUGUAUAUUUAAAACCAUACUUUGUUGAAGCUUAUAGACCUGUUAGAAAAGGGGAUUUAUUCACUGUUAGAGGUGGUAUGAGACAAGUUGAAUUUAAAGUUGUUGAAGUUGAUCCAGAAGAAAUUGCUAUUGUUGCUCAAGACACAAUUAUUCAUUGCGAAGGGGAACCAAUCAAUAGAGAAGAUGAAGAAAACAAUUUAAAUGAUGUUGGAUAUGAUGAUAUUGGAGGAUGUAAGAAACAAAUGGCUCAAAUUAGAGAAUUAGUUGAAUUACCUUUAAGACAUCCUCAAUUAUUUAAAUCAAUUGGUAUAAAACCUCCAAAAGGUAUUUUAAUGUAUGGUCCUCCAGGUACUGGUAAAACUAUCAUGGCCAGAGCUGUUGCUAAUGAAACAGGAGCUUUCUUCUUUUUAAUUAAUGGUCCAGAAAUUAUGUCUAAAAUGGCAGGUGAAUCAGAAUCAAAUUUAAGAAAAGCUUUUGAAGAAGCUGAAAAGAAUUCUCCUUCAAUUAUUUUCAUUGAUGAAAUCGAUUCCAUUGCUCCAAAAAGAGAUAAAACUAAUGGGGAAGUUGAAAGAAGAGUUGUUUCUCAAUUAUUAACUUUAAUGGAUGGUAUGAAAGCUAGAUCUAAUAUUGUUGUUAUUGCUGCUACUAAUAGACCAAAUUCUAUUGAUCCUGCAUUAAGAAGAUUUGGUAGAUUUGAUAGAGAAGUUGAUAUUGGAGUUCCUGAUGCUGCUGGUAGAUUAGAAAUUUUAAAAAUUCACACUAAAAAUAUGAAAUUAGCUGAUGACGUUGAUUUAGAAGCUAUUGCUUCUGAAACUCAUGGUUUUGUUGGAGCUGAUGUUGCUUCAUUAUGUUCUGAAGCUGCUAUGCAACAAAUUAGAGAAAAAAUGGAUUUAAUUGAUUUAGAAGAAGAAACUAUUGAUGCAGAAAUUUUAGAUUCUUUAGGUGUUACUAUGGAUAAUUUCAGAUUCGCAUUAGGUAAUUCUAAUCCUUCAGCUUUACGUGAAACCGUUGUUGAAAAUGUUAAUGUCACUUGGGAUGAUAUUGGUGGUUUAGAUGGUAUUAAAGCUGAAUUAAAAGAAACUGUCGAAUACCCAGUUUUACAUCCAGAACAAUAUCAAAAAUUCGGUUUAUCACCAUCAAAAGGGGUUUUGUUCUUUGGUCCUCCAGGUACUGGUAAAACUUUAUUAGCUAAAGCUGUUGCUACUGAAGUUUCUGCCAAUUUCAUUUCUGUUAAAGGUCCAGAAUUAUUAAGUAUGUGGUAUGGUGAAUCAGAAUCUAAUAUUCGUGAUAUCUUUGAUAAAGCUAGAGCUGCCGCUCCAACAGUUGUUUUCUUAGAUGAAUUGGAUUCCAUUGCCAAAUCAAGAGGUGGAUCAAAUGGUGAUGCCGGUGGUGCAAGUGAUAGAGUUGUUAAUCAAUUAUUAACUGAAAUGGAUGGUAUGAAUGCUAAAAAGAAUGUUUUCGUCAUUGGUGCUACUAAUAGACCAGAUCAAAUUGAUCCUGCUUUAUUAAGACCUGGUAGAUUAGAUCAAUUAAUUUAUGUUCCAUUACCUGAUGAGUUAGCUAGAUUAUCAAUCUUAGAAGCUCAAUUAAGAAAUACUCCAUUAGAACCAGGAUUGAAAUUAACUGAAAUUGCUAAAAUCACCAAUGGUUUCAGUGGUGCCGAUUUAUCAUAUAUUGUUCAAAGAUCAGCUAAAUUCGCUAUCAAAGAUUCUAUUGAAGCUCAAGUUAAAGCUAAUAAAUUGAAAGAAGCUAAUAAAACCAGUGAAGAUGUUGAAAUGAAGAAAGAAGGUGAUGCUGAAGAAGAAGAAGAAGAAGAUCCAGUUCCAUAUAUAACCAGAGCUCAUUUCGAAGAAGCUAUGAAAACAGCCAAGAGAUCAGUUUCUGAUGCUGAAUUAAGAAGAUACGAAGCUUAUGCUCAACAAAUUUUAGCAUCAAGAGGUCAAUUCACUAAUUUCAGAUUCAGUGAAGGUGGUGAAAAUACUGAAGCUUCCACUGGUACUGCAACUGAAGCAGGUGCUCAAUUCGGUAGUAAUAAUGCUGAAGAAGAUGAUGAUUUAUAUAGUUAA